CAAUUUUAUCUUUAAAACGAAAGAGGUCACCGGAUUCAAAACAAAGUAAAAUCUAGACUAGACUCUAGUUAUGAUUGUUUUGUAAACAUAAGUCAUAAGAAAGAAAAUGACAACUAUUGCGUAUUUUUAUGACCCUGAAGUUGGGAACUUUCACUAUGGUCCAGGUCAUCCCAUGAAGCCACACAGAAUUUCUCUCACACAUAGUCUUGUACUCCGAUAUGGAUUACAUAAAAAAAUGAAAUUAUACAGACCCUAUCAAGCUACAGAACGAGACAUGUGUCGAUUUCAUUCGGAUGACUACAUUCAAUUUUUAAGUUCAGUGACCCCACAGAAUGUUCAGAACUACACCAAAUAUCUUUCCUUGUAUAAUGUUGGAGAAGACUGUCCUGUGUUUGAUGGAAUGUUUGACUUCUGCAAGAUGUACACUGGGGCUUCGCUAGAGGGCGCUGCUAAGUUAAAUAAUAAUCAAUGCGACAUAGCCAUCAACUGGUCCGGUGGACUCCAUCAUGCCAAGAAGUAUGAGGCUUCUGGAUUCUGUUAUGUGAAUGACAUUGUUAUUGCCAUACUGGAACUUUUGAAAUAUCAUCCUCGUGUUCUGUACAUUGACAUAGACAUUCAUCAUGGUGAUGGCGUGCAGGAAGCUUUUUAUCUAACUGACAGGGUGAUGACAGUCUCAUUUCAUAAGUAUGGUCAAUACUUCUUCCCUGGAACAGGUGAUAUGUAUGAAGUUGGCGCUGAGAGUGGCAGAUAUUAUUCCGUCAAUGUUCCCCUUCUGACAGGAAUUGAUGACACUAAUUAUUUACAAGUUUUCAAACCAAUCAUAAAUAGCGUUAUGGAGUUCUAUAGACCUACAGUUGUUGUCCUGCAGUGUGGUGCUGACUCCCUUGGAAGUGAUAGACUUGGAUGUUUCAAUCUCAGUAUCAAAGGUCACGGGGAAUGCGUCGAAUAUGUUAAGUCUUUCAAUCUGCCGCUCUUGGUUCUAGGAGGGGGUGGAUACACCAAAAGGAACGUAGCUCGCUGCUGGACCUAUGAAACAGCAGUGGUGCUUGGAGAACAAAUUAGCAAUGAAAUACCUUACAAUGAAUAUCUGGAAUACUUUGGACCUGAUUUCUUACUGCAUCCAGAAAUAUUUACAAAACAAGAAAAUUUGAACACAAGACAGUAUCUGGAUAACAUCAAGUCCAGCGUGAUGGAGAACUUAAAAAUGUUGACAGCAGCCCCUAGUGUCCAAAUGCAGGACAUUCCUUCAGACUUGUUGAGCCUUGAGAACACAGAAGAACCAGACCCUGAUGUCAGGAACUCAACAGAUGAUCUCGAUAAAAGGAUUGAACCAAAUAAUGAGUUUUAUGAUGGAGAUAAAGACAACGAUAAAGAAAAUGACGGCUACCUUGAUGUUUGACCACAACUCAACCAGACCACAUGGUCAUCUUUCAAACUUCCUGAUACUACAACUCAACCAGACCACACAAUCAUCCAUCUUUCAAACUUCCUGAUAUAUGAGCUGGUCUCAGGCACAGGCUGUCUAACGUAUAAAUAGCUUUCACAGAUGAGACAAUACUGUUAGAAUGUUUAGCAUGAGUAUGUAGGCUGGGAAGUACAGUAAUGUAGCAUGUUGACUUUACCUUAGAGAUAUAAAAGAGUCAAUGAUAUAGACGCCCCACAGUUCACACAACAGCUCUGUAACAGAAAUAUCAAACAUUUGCUUGUCAGUGCUGUUCAUAUUAUAACCUACAAGAGUACCAUUAUUUCUGACUUAUCUAAAUUAAUGUUAAAAAUAAAAUUAAAAAACUAGAGUUUCUAAAAGUUGGGGUGUAUUCUUAUUACAUCUCACAGUGUUGGGCUUGUGUAUAGCUGAUAUUAAUUACGAUAAGUUUUGCAAUGAAAGAAAGUGUAGGUUUAACAUACAACUGAAAUCUUUGUGACAUGGGAACAAGUAUUCCUCUUCAUCACUUGUUUACUUAGAGCUCAGAGAUGAUCUGUAUCCUGAACAUUUUAAAUCAUUCAUUGCCUGUUAAGCACAGUCCUGUUCAAAGCUGUAUAUUUGUAAAUAUAUAGUCACUUUUUCCCACUGGCCUAAAUAACUGCCAAGAAUGUGUUUGAUUGAUCUUAAACACAAUAGUAUGCAGUUAGUAAAGUUUUGUCUAUUGUGUUGUUUUUUUAAAUCUAAUUUCAACUGUUGUGUUAUCUUUUAAAUCUGUUAUUUUUACUGGAUUAUGAAUUAGAAUAGAUCACAAGGUCUAAAAGGUGAACUUACUUUAAUAUGAAUUAGAAUGUUAAUGCUUAACACUGCCAGAUUAAAUGCAUUUUAGUAUCUUGAGAAUUAUGUGGAAAAAUCUGUAAAAAUGGAUUAGAUGAAGAAAUAGCUGUAGGAAUCCAAAAAUGAUUAAGUGAAAAAGAACAAAAUGAGUGGAUAGUACUGAUAGUGGAUAGUACUGAUCGUAGAGCCAAUGUGUGAAACUGAAAUAAAUGAUUGUCUAUAACUAUUAGACAAAAUGAUUUUUAUCCACAAAAAAAAAACAAAAAAACAAGAAAUCCAAGUCUGAUGUUGCUUUUCAUUUACCUCUUGCAUAGCUCCAUCCUUACUUGGAUCAUGUCCUAGCUAAAAGAGCAGAACUACUGGGUUACUUAAAGUAGUGAUACUGUUUUGACAUAUUACCACAUAUUAAAGACUUUACUGUAUCUUCACGUUUUGGAUGUAAUUUCUUUAUUUCUGUUGGUACAAGGACUCAUGAGUUUGUGACUUUUUCGAUGAAGUUUAAGAGUAAGAAAUGUACAUAGUUUAGUUUUUGUAUCAAUCAUUGUGUGACUAUUGUGAGUGGAUGUGAGAUUAUGUGCAUUGAUAAUGUUUUUUUUAAUAACAGUAGCACCUGAUUGUUUGUGUCUGUAACCUAUAUAUAUAACUUGAGAUUUAUCUCAGGAUGUGACAAUGCAGAAAAAAUUUUACAAAUAGGAAUCUUUGCGAAAUAAAAAAAAAAUGUUAAUACUUGUCUGUGGUUUUGCUAUAAAUAAACAUUUCACCUGUCAAACCAUACAUUCAAUGUGUAUUAAAAUGAUGAAUUCUUGACAAACUGUUUUCUUGUCCUGUAAUGUCACCAUAGUUUGUAAUUUUUUAUUGACUCAAAACAUACAUUUCAUACAUUAAAAAAUCUGUUGCAAAACGGG